AUGGUGUCCUCCCUCCUCCUGCCCCACGCGCUGGCCCUGUGGGCGUGCACGCGCUCCUGCCCGCCCCGCUGCACCUGCACAGAGGAGAAGAACUGCAGCGUGCUGUGUGACCGCUCGGCCCUGGGCGACCUGCCCAAGGAGUUCCCCUGCGAGGCGUCGGCCAUCAACCUGGACAAGAACAACCUCAAGUUCCUGGCGGAGCGCGCGUUCGGGACGCUGCCGUCGCUGCGCGUGCUCUCCCUGGACCACAACAACAUCUCCUUCAUCACGCCGGGGGCGUUCAAGGGCCUGCCCAACCUGGUGGAGCUGCGCAUGGCCAACAACGAGUACAUCAGCUACCUGCACACGCGCACCUUCACCUCUCUCAGGCGCCUGGUGCGGCUGGACAUGUCCAACUGCAACCUCUUCAACAUGCCCGACCGCAUCUUCAUCGAACAGAUAGACCUCCGCGAGCUGUUCUGCUUCCAGAACAUGUUCCGACGUGUUCCGAGCUCCCUCCGGGACAUGGAGAACCUGACGCACGUGUACCUGGAGCGGAACAAGAUCGAAGCGGUGGCCUACAACUCCCUGCUGGGCCUCCUCAACCUGAAGUACCUGAACUUGCAGGAGAACCGCAUCAGCGUCAUCCACGACAACUCCUUCCAGGACCUGCGCAAGCUUGAGAACUUCUACCUGAACGACAACCUGCUCUUCGAGCUGCCCCAGUACACCUUCAGGGGCCUCGUCUCCCUGAAGAUGCUCAACCUUGGCGGGAACUUCCUCUCCAACGUAUCGAGGACCUGGUUUGGCGAUCUGGUGGAGCUAGAGGUGCUUUACCUGGACCGCAAUCGCCUGUUGUUCAUUGAGGAGGGCGCGUUUGAGAACCUCACCAGCCUCAUCACGCUGCACCUCAACAGCAACAACCUCACCAUCCUGCCCCUCCCCACCUUCCAGCCCAUCUACUUUGUCGGGCACCUGUACCUCUUCCGCAAUCCCUGGGAGUGUGACUGCGGUCUUGAGUGGCUCAAGGAGUGGAAAGAGAACUACAAGCUGGUGCGGGACAUCCCCUGCGCCAGCCCGUCUUCCGUGGCCGGCCUUGACCUCAGCGAGGUGGUGUACACCCGCAUCAACGGAACCUGCAUAGACCCGGGAGAACGGAACUUGACCACGGCUGCACCAGAGAUCUCCACCACAGAGAGCAAACUCAACAGUCUCAUCUCUAAGCUGCUCCAGCAGGAACUCAAGGAGGAGGCCACAAACUCCUCGGAGAUCUUCCGCAACGGAACCGCAGCCGAGAGCCAGGUGUCAGCCGGAACACGCCUUCGUGGCCCUGGCCAAUGGCUGCUGCUGUUCCUGUUUGCUUGUCUGCUUGUUGGCCAGUCAGGCACCUCGGUGGUGUUCUCUCAUCUUGGUGACAGGCCUUGAAAAGUUUGGCAAAGUUGUGGAGAAAGAGUUCAGUAUAGCGCGGAAGAAUCCAGUUUUCCAUGGCCCAUGGAUGAAAGGGUUGGAUUCAGAGUCCGGGCUGUCAAGUGGAAUCCUGCUUUCCUGGAAAGGCCUAUUCUGAUAGCUACAGUAGGGGAAAGGAAGAAUACUCUCUUAUAUCAGAGUUCUGGACCACUUUUAUUCCUUCUUUCUUUUAGAGAAAUGGGAAACGAGAAGUGUGGAGUCUUGGCUUUAGGUAGAAUGAGAAGAACCAGUGGUAUGACAUCUGUGAAUGAGACAGAGAAUAAGAGCACUCUUGUCGUCGGCCACCCAUUGUUUGACUGUACAAGUGCAGAUUUCGUGUGAAACGCUACAAGGCUUACCACUAACAUUAUGUUUUGUUUGUGGCGAGUGGAAACGCUGUAGUGGCCAGACUGUAGCGUUGUAUUUUGCUCCAAAACCGUCGGAUACCGAAAUGGUGGGAUUUGCAGAGCAUUAAAUUAAUGUUGAGUGCACGCUCACGCGCGCGCUCGCAUACCCAUACACACACACUAAACGCUUUCACUUGCUUAACGUUACAUCGUUUACACUAAGGUGAAGAUUUAUGUAUGGAAGAUAGCACUCGCUGCGGCGUAGCAUCACUUUAACAGAUGGUAUGACGUGCUCACUUGUCUUGCAUUAUUCAUUCAGUGAAUUUUAGAUGCUCCAGCUUUUAAUGAACGCUUUAAUCUCCCGCCUUAGCGCUGGGUUUAUCCGUGCUCGGGCUAAGUAAGCUCCUCCAUAUCGUACAUAAAUGGAAUGGGUUUAUCUUUGCAUUUUUUCUGCUUAUGGACUGGCAUCUUUGCUCGCAUUCAGGCGCUGUAGCCUACUGUGUGACAUAGUGUGGUUCUCCCGGCUACAUAGAUGCAUAUUUCUUUCCAAGUGCUAUCCAGACACAUGGACAUACCUACAUCCAAGUAGUGUUGUGUUUGUGCACAUUAGCUAUAUUAUGGUGUUAUUUUCUUGUGUUGUCAAAUCAACAGAUUGCAUU